UUCAUCCGAUAAGAAAUUCUUAUUCGAGCAUAUUCGAUAUAAAUGCAACAGAUUGAAAAUUCAUAUCAAAUUGCAUUCGCCUUCUGUCAAGACAAUUAUUAAAUAGCAUUUCACAGCGGUGACAGAAAUUUAUGGAUACCUCAUUACCACCGUUUAGUGACUGCUACCGUCUCGUUGUACGAGAUCAUUAGGGGCUCCUUCCAGAAACGCACGUGCUUGCCAAGAACCGCCCAAACUUAUUCAAGAUUGGUUGGAAAUACAAUGACGUCAUGAGCACGUGGCUUUUCGACACCGCCUCGAAGAACGAAGAAUUUGACUUGGUUGCCAAAAAAAAUAUUGUUGGACAUCGCGAGCAACCCCGACAAUCAGUCGCUGGUUUCAACUCUAAUCCCGCGAACGGAUCACAGAGUAUCUAUGAAUGGUUUAAAUCGAUCUCAUAGUUGCAACUUCAUCGAUCAAUAUUGUUCCAUCUUUCAUUCAAAACUAAAACUAAAAAUGUUUCAUUAAUUAUACAUGUAAAUUGAACUUGAGAGGCAACGUUCAAACAGGUAGUGCUUGUGAUGCGAUAGUGAUAAGCAGUGGAGAUACGUGCAGUGAAUUUGAAAAGAUUUAGAGAAACAUUAGAUAUAUAUCUUGAAAGUAUCGAAGAGGAUAUCUAAUCGAUCGUUUUAUCCGAUUGGUGAUAAGUCUAUAGAUAAUAGUAUUAAACAUUUGAGAACGGCGAGGAUUCAGGAUGUCGGAGGAACGCGUGAAAACGACAGAAAUCGGGAAAGAUUCGAUCAAAUUGGUUGAAAAUCCAAAAGUAUGCUCCUUCAGUAUCGAAAGUCUCUUAGCGCCCAGCAAAAACCCUGUUAAAAAGGAAAUUUGCUUGUCUAUUCAAACCGAAACGUAUUUACAUGGUCAUGAAUCAAAUGAUUCGGAGGGACGGAAACUGGUAGCGCCAGAUUCGUCCAUGUCGAUGAUAGAGGAAAUCGAGUUCGACGAUGCCGAUAUGGUUUGCUCCACAUCCCCCGAACCAGAAAUGUGUUAUGAGGCGUGCACUAGCAGUAGCGGUGCCAAUUCAACGACAAGUGUGGAUAGAGAGGUUCAAGAAAAAAGUGACAGCAUCAUUAGCGAUGACGAAAGAAAGAAGAGGCCUCGCACUGCGUUCACCGCGGCGCAAAUUAAAUCAUUGGAAGCGGAAUUCGAGAGGAACAAAUACCUGAGCGUGACGAAGAGGUUACAGCUCAGUAAAAGUUUGAAGCUGACUGAAACUCAGAUUAAAAUUUGGUUUCAAAAUAGACGUACAAAAUGGAAAAGAAAAUACACAAAUGAUGUGGAGCUCUUAGCCCAACAAUAUUACUCCAGUUUAGGAAUUCCUGCACCACGGCCAAUUUUUGUCGAGGAUCGUCUUUGGUUUUUUAAUUAUCCAACGCAAUUACAACCAGGAGCACCGAUUUUUCCACAGCAUUUAGCAACUGUUCCUUUGCCAUCAGCUUUACCCAUUGUACAACCAUUACCAAGUAACAUAACGAUGGGUCCGACUUCAAUUUUUCAAAAUAUCUCCGCAAAUAGUCCGACAUAUCAUUUAAGCCAAAGAUUAGACUUUAGGCAUCAAAAUUCUUAGGUAUAAAAAAAAUCUAAUUCAGUCGUAUUAAAGGAUUUCAUGUUUAAUUAUCGAAUCCUUCGAAAUUACGAUAUGUGAUACGUAUUUUUGAAAAUUUUAAAACAUUAUAAAAAGCAAUGAAGAUAUUCAUUAAUUUUUUUUAUUACUUUAAUAAAUAAAUAAUGUUAUAAUAACGCCAAAUAUUUCAAAACUUUGUUGGAAUCCUA